GGAAGGAGACCCACAACUCUGGCUUGGUGAACUUGGACUCUGUGUUCAGCUGGGCACCUCGCUCCCUCCAGCACCAUGUCUUUCAACUUCUGCCUGCCCAACCUGAGCUUCCGCUCCAGCUGCUCCUCCAGGCCCUGCGUGCCCUCCAGCUGCUGUGGCACCACCCUGCCCGGGGCCUGCAACAUCCCCGCCAACGUGGGCAGCUGCAACUGGUUCUGCGAGGGCUCCUUCAACGGCAACGAGAAGGAGACCAUGCAGUUCCUGAACGACCGGCUGGCCAGCUACCUGGAGAAGGUGCGGCAGCUGGAGCGGGAGAACGCGGAGCUGGAGAGCCGCAUCCUGGAGCGCAGCCAGCAGCAGGAGCCUCUUGUGUGCCCCAACUACCAGUCCUACUUCCGGACCAUCGAGGAGCUCCAGCAGAAGAUCCUGUGCGGCAAGUCUGAGAACGCCAGGUUGGUGGUACAGAUUGACAAUGCCAAGCUGGCCUCAGAUGACUUCAGGACCAAGUACGAGACAGAGGUGUCCUUGAGGCAGCUGGUGGAGGCAGACCUGAAUGGCCUGCGUAGGAUCCUGGAUGAGCUGACCCUGUGCAAGUCUGACCUGGAGGCCCAGGUGGAGUCCCUGAAGGAGGAGCUGAUCUGCCUCAAGCAGAACCACGAGCAGGAAGUCAACACCCUGCGGAGUCAGCUGGGAGACCGCCUCAAUGUGGAGGUGGAUGCCGCCCCCACUGUGGACCUCAACCAUGUGCUCAAUGAGACCAGGGCUCAGUACGAGGCCUUGGUGGAGACCAACCGCAGGGAUGUGGAGGAAUGGUACAUCAGGCAGACUGAGGAGCUGAACAAGCAGGUGGUGUCCAGCUCAGAGCAGCUGCAGUCCUGCCAGGCGGAGAUCAUUGAGCUGAGACGCACAGUCAAUGCCCUGGAGGUGGAGCUUCAGGCCCAGCACAACCUGAGAGACUCCCUGGAGAAUACCCUGACGGAGACGGAGGCCCGCUACAGCUGCCAGCUGAACCAGGUGCAGAGCCUGAUCGUCAACGUGGAGUCACAGCUGGCGGAGAUCAGGAGUGACCUGGAGCGGCAGAACCAGGAGUACCAGGUGCUGCUGGAUGUGAGGGCCAGGCUGGAGAGUGAGAUCAACACGUAUCGGGGGCUGCUGGACAGCGAGGACUGCAAGCUCCCCUGCAACCCAUGUGCCACAACCAACGCUUGUGAAAGGCCCAUUGGGCCCUGCAUCUCCAAUCCUUGUGUCUCACGUACUCGGUGUGGACCUUGCAACACCUUUGUGCACUAGAGGCCUCAGUGCCAGCAGGAGGUCAAGGGCUCCAAAGUCACAUCUCAGUUCCACUUCUGGGACCAGCCUUCAACCAGCAUCAGCUUCCACUGAAUUCCCAGCUAGAUUCUUUAACACAAGAGGCUGCAAAGUCCACCAAUGGCCCAGUCUGUCUUCUGAGUCCCACAAAGAAAUCUACAGCAGGAUCAAGUAAUGUCUAUGCUCACAAUGAUAUAUUUGCUUAAUGUGUUAUGCCCUAGCAAAUUCUUACCUGUGAUUUUAAAUAAUUACAUUAAGUAUGAUUGAGUUGGUAGGCAAGCUGUGAAACUGAACAUAAUUGGAAGAAAUCUUCCUUGUCACUCUUUUGGUCUUUGGAGAAGUGAUAAAUAUCCCUUGUUAAUCUCUUAAUAAAUUCUUAUUCUGGCACAAAAA